AUGGAGAUCGACCUCUCCGCCGGCAGGGAUGCCGUCAACACGGCCGACGGCGGCCCCAUCGCCCUCCCGCUCCUCCAGCUCAUCAGCGAGGCUCGCAACGAGCACGGCAUGCGCCAGCAGCAGUACACCCGCUACCGCCACUUUUGCGCCAAAAAGGCCCACCGCAUCCGCGAGAUCCUCCAGCUCACCCACUCUGACGGCUCACAGAAGGCGGCCGCCGCCAAGCUCAAGAAGCAAAAGGGCGCAAAGGGCAAAAAGUCGAAAAAGGCCCAGGCCGCCGCAGACCAGAGCGCAGCCACAAAGGGCCACGGAAACACCUUCACCCCAAAGACGCUCUCGCUGAGCGACGUUCGCGACGAGCGCCCCGCCCAGCUCCUCCUCUUCGAGGCCGAGCGCGCCUGGGCCUACUCCCAGGACCUGCGCACCCAGGCCUUUGACAGCGACAACGACCCCGCCCUCCGCAAGCGCGGCCUCUCGCGCCUCCGCCGCGCCGUCCAGUGGUCCGCCUCGCUCAACGACCUCGUCACCGCCCUCGACGCCCGCUUCGACGUGUACGCCCGCUGCGAGGCCGCCGCCUACGCCGUCAUGCUCCGCGGCGCUUCCGCCUUUGACCACGGCCAGUGGCAAAAGGCCCUCGAGACCCUCUCGGUGGCCCGCCUGCUGCUCAACGCCAUCGCCGAGAACAGCAGCUCCAGCCGCAGCGAGGCCCUCGCCAACAGCUUCGUCGAUGCCGGCGAGGCCCAGAUGCGCUACUGCGCCUACCAGCUCGGCGAAUCGGAGCAGAACAUGGACGCCGUCGCGCGCAAGUUUGCCGCGCCCGAGGUGUGCAGCCGGGUCCACCCCGGCUUCGACGCACUCGUCGGCGAGCUCAAGGCCAAGGGCGGCGACGGCGCCGCCACCCGUGCCGAGCCCCUCUCGCUUUCCUGGCACGGCCGCCAAAUUCCGGUUCGCAACCCGGAGCUGCUCGACGCCAUCACCCGAGCCCAGGCCGAGGAGUCGGCCCUGCACGACGCCAUCCGGAGCGGCUCGCUGCAGGACGAGGGCAAGGCCGCGGCCAACACCAAGCGCGCCGCUUCCGACAAGGUCGACGGCAAGCGGCCGCGGCUGUCGCACGCGCAGCGCAAGGCCAAGAAGAGGGAGGCCGCUGGCGGCAGCGGAAGCGGCGAUACUGCCGGCCCUUCCGGCUCGUCCAACAACGCCGCCACCUCCAGGGUCGGACGCGGCGGCCGCACCGAGCUCGACCCCUUCGACCGCGCCCUGGCUGCGCUCACUGAUGCCGAGGAGGUCGCGCGCAGGCUCGUCGAGGACAACACCGAGGCGCUCUCCAAGAGCCACAGCGCGCGCUACGAGACGGCCAGCAAGGACCUCCAGACCGCCCACGACUGGGUCUUUUACCGGCUCCUCGCCCUGCGCAUCGCCCGAAACGCCAGGCUGGUGGCCGACGUCGAGCGCAAGUCCGAGAGGCGAGAGAAGCGCGCCUGGGCCAAUGUCGAGGCCCGCCUGUCGUCCACUUCGUCCCCGGCGUCGAAGGCCCCGCGCUCCUCUGGACGCUCGCGCAGCGCCAAGAGCAAGCAGGCCCGCGCCGCCGCCGACAGGGCCAACAAGCCCGCCAAGAAGAAUCAGCCGGGAGCGCGGGCCAAGGCGAAGCGGACGUGGUACCGCAGCGAGCUGCUGCGACACCUCGCGCGCGCCUUUUCGCUCUCCAACGCCAAGCCGCAGGCGCUGCUGCUGCUCACGCGCGCCCAGCUCUAUGUCCGUCAGGCACGGCAGGCGGCCGAGCUCGCCGACGAUGUCAACGACGAGGACCGUGACUUCCCGCCCGUCAUCCUCGAGCUCCACGACGGCAAGAGCGCCUUUGACGAGUCAGACCGCGUCCUCGAGGCGCUCAAGCGCCAGAUCCAGAAGGAGAUGUUCCUUCUCAGCCGAUCCGGCAAGGGCCGCGGACGCGGCAGCGGCAGCGGCAGCAAGAAGCAGGGCCAGAUGGCCAGCACCAAGGCGGGGCAGUCGCUUCUGGACACGGCGAGCAAGUACGUCGACUUUGACCCCAUCGAUCUCGAAGAGGCCAAGCGGAUCCCGCAGGACGUGGUCGACGAGUGCGAGCGCGAGCUGUCCGACAACAGGCACGAGGUCGAGGACGAGGCAGAGGCAGAGGAGGCCGGCGAUGUCUCGGUUGCCUACGACCCCGGCAACGCGCUGGCCGAGGAGGAAGAGGCCCGACUGGCCGCCGAGGCAGCGAGCAAGAAGAAGGGCUGGCUCGGAGGCUGGUUCGGCCGCGGCUGA